AUGGCGGCAACAUUGUUGUACGCCGUCGUUGGGAAUAUACCUAGUCGUUAUCAUUCGAGUGACCUGAGGAAUUUCUUCUCCCGUAUUAUAGAGACAGAUGGAUUUGAUUGUUUUCACUUUAGACAUCGUCCAGAAGCCAGAGAAACGGAAAGAAAUCCAGAAAUUUCUUUAAAUUGCACGCAAAAUAAUACGCAAGAUUGGCAAGAAACACAUGGCAUAUUGAAAACUAAAAAAAAAGAUCCUAAACUGUCCGACACAUGUUGUUGUGUAAUUCGUUUAUCUGAGUCUCAAUACAAGAAUCUCAUGCAGAUGUAUAACUGUCGACAUUGGAUCACUGAGAAAGGAGAAUGCAUGAGAAAUGUCUGUCAUAUUAAGAAGAUAAAGUUAAACAGCAAAUCACAAGGUGAUAAUAUUGAACCUCUCUACAAGACUCGUCUUGAGCAAUCCCAAAUGUCCUCAAAUCGGGAAGAGUUCUAUGAGGAAGACUUAAAAAACCUUGCUGAACUGCACCCACCCACCGUGAUGCCAAAAGACGAUGCUGAUGAAUGUGAGGAAUGGGAACGACAUGAAGCACUUCAUGAUGACCCUAGCAAUCAAGAAAGAAACGAAGAACGUCUCUUUGAGCAGGAGAUUGAAUUGAAAUGGGAGAAAGGAGGAAGUGGUCUGGUGUUUUAUACAGAUGCACAAUUCUGGAAACAGCAGGAGGGAGAUUUUGAUGAGCAAACAGCUGAUGACUGGGAUGUGGAUAUGUCUGGGUAUUAUGAACCAGGCAGUGGUGAUAUGGAUGGACGUGACUUGAUUAGGAUCCGUCGAGAUCAGAGACGAAGAGAUGGUAUUGAGGAUGAAGAUAACAGAAUUGCUGGUAUUGGCAAAUUUGAAAAGCACACAAAAGGAUUUGGACGAAAGAUUAUGGAACGGCAUGGUUGGAAAGAUGGGGAAGGGUUGGGAUCAUCUGCGUCAGGCAUCAGUGAAGCACUUACGAAUGAUGGACAAAAUCCUCGUUGCAAAACAGGAUUUGGUUUUCAAGAACCAAAACGAGGAAGGAGAACUGGUAUUUUUCACAAGAAAAGACAAGAAUUACAGGAAUGGCAUGGACCUAUUAUUUCCACUGUGUAUGAUGACCCUUCAGUGACGGACCCGGGUGACCCAUUGCUUAGGAGAAAUGAACCCUAUCAAUUAAAACGACGGAAAAUUGAUAUUUCAUAA